UUGUUUCGAAGAAAGGAGCGACGAAGCUUUUUCUUUAGACAGCUUCUUUCAUCCGCAGACUUGACUCUCGCAUAUGGUCGCCGUUAUGGUCUUGUAGGUCGGAAUGGUAUCGGAAAAACAACACUUAUAAGCAUGAUCUCAAGCGGGCAUCUAAAAAUUCCAUCUGGAAUCAGUAUGCUGUCGGUAGAACAGGAAGUCGUAGGUGACGAUACGAGAGUUGUAGACGCUGUGUUGGCGUCUGAUUCUCGUAGACAAGCUAUGAUUGAUAAAGAACACACUUUGCAAGCUAGGUUGAACAAGUAA